AUGAAUAUUCAACAAGUUCUGCCAUAUCGAGAUACACUUCGAAAACGUAUUAGCAGAGAAAAUGAAACUCCUAACCAAAAUGAAAAGCAUCACGCUGAUGAUCGAGAAAAUAAACGUAAGGAAAGGGGAAAAGAAACUGUAAAAAAGCGUGAGACACGUCUCAAAAGAGACUUCUCAAACCAAAAUAUUAACAUACCUCACGUAGAACCACUUUCCGUUCUUGCCAAAUCUGACCAAAAUCUAUUACAAAAUUUUUACGCAGAAAUUAAUAAACUUACUAAUAUACUUUGUCUUGUAUGUAAUGAGUGCUUUUCAUCUAUUGAGCUCAUAAAGGAAGAAUGCUGCCAUCGUUGCUAUUAUGAUAAGAAUGUGAUAAAAAAAUUCUCCAAAGAAAACAAUAUGGACCUGGGUAAUGUACCUGAGGAAUUACAAGGGCUUACUGAGAUAGAGGAGAUGUUAAUUGCGCAAAUUUUUCCUGUCGUUUCUGUGUAUCGUCUUCGUGGGGGUCAGUAUGCAUACCGUGGCAAUGUUAUCAACUUUCCACAAGAUGUAUCAGAGUUUACAACUCGACUCCCUCGACAUCCUUCAUCGUUGGAUAUUCUUGUUGUGCGUCAUCAAUCUGCGAAUAGUUCAGCGUUCAGAGAUUUCAACAUCUGUCGCGUUAAACUCCCCCAACUUGAAGAUGUAGAAGACGAAUAUUUUGAUAAUAAUGAUAAUGAAGACGAAGACAUAAUAACUAGCAACUUCGUUUCUGCACCUCUUCCAUCUUCUAAUGAAGAAAGUGCUAUUGCCGAUACUCUUGGUCGAAUGCAAGCUAGUAACCUUCCUAUUAUGUGGCUGAAUAUAGAUAGAAAUCCUAUUAAUGAGUUCCAAACUCCUGGGUAUAUUGCACGCGCAUUCCCAACUUUGUAUCCAACUGGAGAUGGCGAUCUUCGGUCAGAACAUGUAAGAGAAAUUAAGCCAGCUGGAUAUUUCUUGCAUCUACUAAAAUACAAAGAUGGAAGGUUUGCACAACAUGCUUGGUGGAGGUACUUUGUGCUAAAUUCGCAGAUGCGAUGGAGGGCACUUCAAGAGGGAAAAGUAUAUGUCAAACAAAGUUUAAAUAGGGAGCAGCUUAAUGUUAAAGAUGUUCAAGAGAUGGUAGAUAAUGAUAAUUGUAUAGCAGAUAAGAUCGUACGAUUUGGUGAGGGUUUGCAUGGAACUCGGCAGUUUUGGAACAAGAGACAGUCUGAACUUAUGGACAUGAUCAGGCAGUUGGGGUCUCAAGGGAUGGUUUUUUUUACUUUCAGCACUGCUGAUCUACAUUGGCCAGAACUUCACGAGCUUAUGCCACAUGGCGAGAAUCUGGUAACGGAACUAGAUACGAGCAAACAAAGACGCCAAGACUUAAUCGACAAUCCACAUAUUGCUGCAUGGUUUGAGUGGCAACAUUGUGGCAGCACUCAUGUACAUGGUAUUGGGAAAAUACAAGAUGUACCAAUUAUUGAAUGGGAAAGAAUGAAAGAGAAUGAGGAGACAAUGAGUAAUGUGGUGCAAUAUUUAGAUUUAUUGGUUACUAUGAUUAAUCCUGGGCUUGACGCACCUGUACCUAAUCAUCAUCUUUGCCAGAAAUGCCCCGAUGAAAUGUAUGAUGACCUACAGGAUUACAUAGAGUUAGUUAACAAGCUGCAACGAUAUACACAUUGCAGUCCUUCAUAUUGUCUUCGUGUAAACUCUACAGGCCAACAAAAUUGCAGAUAUGCAAGUAAAUCAGAACUGCAGUCUGCUGCUUUCUCAGAUAUAUUAAAUCGGAUUCUUAAUAAUAGUAGAACUGGCGAUUCAUCACUUGGCAUGUUUCAGAAAUUAUUGCUCCAUACUAUUGCAGAGCGUGAUAUUUCUACUCAAGAGACAUGCCAUCUCCUCCUCAGUAUUCCCCUCUACCACUCAAGCCAUCGAUUUGUUACUUUGAAUCUUAACAAAGAGGCUCCAUGA